GCACACACGACUUCGCCGCUGCGACUUUCCACGCCGACGUCACGGUCUGCAGAACAAAACCACACUGACUGAAUACUACGGCCACGUGGACUCUGCUUCUCGUGUCAAUAUGCCGGACGAUCUUGAGUCGAGAUUGAAGAGCCACGCCCGGGCCUUUGAAGGGCUGAUGUCGCUGAUCCCAGCCAAAGAGUACUAUGGCAAGGACGAGAGUAUCACGAGUACACAAUGGCAAAAGAAGAAGAAGCAGACCACAGAGGAGCGUCAGGCUGCAAAGCGAGCGAAGCUAGAUCCUGCAUCACACAAGUCCGCCCAGGAUGUUCUCGACGAAAAUGCACGCAAGCGAAAGCGCGAACUCGAGGGCGAGGCCGACGACGACGCGGUCUCUGAGGCGCCGUCUUCAGACCUCGACAUGGACAUCGUAAAAGAGACACCGCUCGAAGGGAUAAAGAAGGCCAAGAAGCAGAAGACAAAGAAGGAGACCGAGGCCGUACCUGAAGAGAUUGUGAAGGAAGGCCGCACAUUAACGAAGGCUGAGAUCAAGGCACAGCAGAAGAAGGAAAAGAAGAAGGAGAAGGCAACAGCAAAGAAGAACAAGGAGGAAUCGCGAAAAGCGGCACAGGUCGAGUUUAAGGAAGGUCUCACUGCGCCUAAAGAGUCCAAGAAGUCCAAGCAAGUCGAGGUUGAUGAAGACGAAGACAACGAGGAAGACGAUGGCCUUGAAGAUCCCGAGGAUCGCAUUGAGGCCCUCGACGUCAGUGGACUCGUCGAUGUUGAAGAGGGUCAGUCCACCGCCCCCACCACUACUGCAAAUUCCAAUACCUCAGCAGCGUCCGAUGCCUCAUCAUCAACCCCAGUCCCAGAAGAAGCACCUACCAAGAAGGACGUAAAGAAGGAGAAGAAGCCGCUGCAGAUCGACGAGAAGAGCCAAGAAGAGUUCCGCGCACGACUAAAUGCCAAGCUUGAGGCAAUGCGCGCAGCGCGCAAGGCGGAUGGACCUGAUGGGCGACCUGCAAAGAACCGCGCUGAGCUCAUCGAGGCUCGACGCAAGAAGGAAGCGGCACGCCAAACUGUAAAGAAGUCCGCUCGCCAGGACGCCAAGGAGGACGAGGCGCGCGCAAAGGCAGAGGAGCAGCUUGCACGGAUAAGAGGUGGAUCGGGGUCGCCAUCCAUCUUCCCCGCCAGGUCACCAGAGCACGAGCGCAGCUUCAACUUUGGCCGCGUCGCUUGGGAAGAUGGCCAAGAGCUAGAAGGCGGGCUUUCCAAAUUCCUCGAAUCGCGCAAGAAGAAGGGCAAGUCCGACACCAAGACAGCGCUCGAAGCCGCGCAGAAGAAGCAAGCACGUAUCAACGGCUUCGACGAGGCCAAGCGCAAGGACAUCCAAGAGAAGGACCUCUGGCUCAACGCGAAGAAGCGUGCGCAGGGCGAGAAGGUCUUCGAUGAUGUCAACCUACUGAAGAAGAGCUUGAAGCGUCAGCAAAAGCAAAAGGAUAAGAGCAAACAGGAGUGGAAGGAGCGCCUCACAAAUGUCGCCGAUGGCAAAGAGAAGAGGCAAAAGAAGCGCGAGGAGAACCUCAAGGCGCGGAGAGACAGCAAGGGCGUCAAGGGCAAGAAGAAGGGCGCGCCGAAGAAGGGUGGCAAGAAGCCUGCUAAGAGACCGGGCUUCGAGGGGACAUUCAAGGGUAAAUAAAUGACAGAUCUGGGCUAGGACGAGUUGUGUAUGAUGGGGGAAACCAAAAAGGGAACGUUUGGAAACAUCGCAUUUGCGCGUUAGCAAUAUCUGGGAGGCAUUUUGGCGUUUGAUAUCCCAUACAGUGGCUGGCAUUGUCUGGGCGUCAGGGAGUAUGUGUAGCGAUUGAAUACUGUGACGUCCUUCAAGACAUACACAUGACGAAUUAUUCCAGCCUGAACCUUGUGCUUAUCGACAAGA